GACCCUUGCUCUUCGCUCGUGUUUCUUUCGCUAAUUACCCCGUCUCGCCCCGCCUUGCAAGCUGGCUCGCAGCCUUCGUCUGUGACCAGUAAAUCCGGGAUACCUACCCCAGCUCUGCUCAUGCCUUAAUGCUCGGAAUCAAGGCUAAAAUCGUGAGCGGUCGCCACCGCUUCUCUUCGGGUCUCUACGGCAGUAGCGGCACCAAUGUUUCCUCUCGCAUCAUCAGACGGUGCAUACGCAGCGGCACUACGUUGUUGAACAAGGCAAAUCACCGUUUCUACUCGUCCAAGGGUGGCAUACCACCACCAGAGUCGUUUGGGGGACCGGAUGUGCCGCUCCAUCAAAGGCUGGCAAACGCGUGGAAGCAAACACCUACAACCUGGUACCCUCUUCCCAUUGCAGUAGGAGCUCUCCUCCUCAUUGCUAUUCAAUAUCGCAAAAGGCUAGGCCAGAAGGAGGUUUAUGUUGACGAGGAGGGCCAUGAAGUCGUGAAGCUGAAGGGUCCGUGGACAGUGCACGUUAUGGGUGCACUUCCUCUGCGGAACGUCUCUCGCGUUUGGGGAUACGUCAACUCUCUCGAGCUCCCAGUCUGGGCCCGCCCUGCAGGCUUCAAGGUCUAUGCGUGGAUAUUUGGAUGCAAUCUUGACGAAGUGGAGAAGGACCUCAAGGAAUAUGCAAGCCUCGGCGACUUCUUCUACCGGAAGUUAAAGGAUGGCACACGACCAGUCGCCGAUGUUAUCCUGCCCUGCAGACGGUACCGUCUUGCAUUUCGGCACAAUUAA